CCGUUGUUCCAGUCCGUCAAAAAAAUAGGACCUGUCCUAUUUUUUACGCGGACAACGGUUCGCGGACCCAUUCAAAUCAAUGGGUCCGCGAAAUUAUCGGAUGCACAACCGUUUGUCGUCCGCAUCCGUUUUAUUAAUCUUUUGCAUGGCAAAACUGUCUGCCAGAUUUGAGCCCAAUAAAAAAUAAAAUAAAAAUUUCAAUACAGGAAGGAAGCUUCAGGUCAUAGGUUAUCACAUUGCAGUUCACUGCAGCCUGGUGUUGCAUGUGGUUUGCUGGAGUGAGCUGUGGCUAAUUUAUCCAUAAAAUUUUCACCAUGCCCAAGUGGAAUGUUGAAAAACUCAUCACGUUGGUGCAGGAGAGGCCUGAACUGUGGGACAGCAGGCUGAACAUUUACCAGGACAGGGUUAGAAAAGAAGCAUCCUGGGAGAAAGUGGCCAGGUCCAUGCGGCGCACGGAAUGGCAAAAAGCUGAUGCCAGAGGUCGGGCAGAUUUAGGUAAGUGCCAGCAAUGUCAUUGCACUGUCCUGGUCCCUGUCUUGUCACUAUUGAAGGUGCUACAAUUACAUGAUGUGCCCAAAACUGCAUACGAGCAUGGAACACGGAGGUGAGCGUUCCGCGGUAUCCCAGCCUGGCAUCCUCUAUUGUUGCUAUGAUGCGGUGUGCUUUGUGUCAACCCUGAAGUACAGUCAGACCCUGGUAUAGUUCAUACGAGUGUAUUAUGGUACUGCAGUGGCGGCACUAGGUGCAUGGCGUCCUAGCAAACAGUAAUGACAUGAACUCCUGUUCUCACCAGGAUGCUAGGCCGUGAUACUGCGGAACGCUUAGCUCCAUGUUCCUAAAAUUUAAACAGUUUGUUUUUUACAUUCACCUCCCUUACAUUAUAUAUAUAUAUAUGCCUAGAUCUGGAUUAGACUUUAUAUUUUUGGGGUUAAAAUACACCGCACUCCUACUAUAUGGUGUUUUUGAAAUGCCUGGCCCUAGCUAUGAUACUGUAAACUGUAGUAAUGGAUACUAUGCAUGUGCACCGGCCAGUUGGUGGCACUUGUUCUAGUUUUUAAUUGCGUAUGCGAUAGUUGACCCUUAACGCUUAUUGUGCCUUAAUUUACAUACCAGUGCCUAGCACGAUUAUUACAUGGCUUCCUGAACGUUUUAAAUGAGUAUGUCCAAAAUGGCAGUACUGUAGCAUGUGAUCCUUUUUUUUUUUUCAUUAUGGCCAAAUUAUCCUCCGUAUGUGCCUAUUUUAUGUUUUUUUUGGUCUAUUGCAUUUUCGCAAAGGACACUUUUCUCGACAAGUCUAAAUUCUCUUCUUUUUUUUUGGCAUGCCACAAUAGUGAAACAGACCAAAACCCGGUGGAACAGUUGCCGGGAUCAGUUCCGCCGGGAACUAAAUGAGCGUGGCCGAAGUGGCGAGGGUGGCGCACGGAAAAGGCCAUAUAUAUAUACACCUCACAGCUGGAGUUUCUGAAGCCAGUGAUGGAUUUGAGGCCGACUGUGGACAGCUUGGACGAUGAUCCGGAGGAGGAUUCGGAUGCUGGGGGCAGUGAUACACCAGCCGUUUUCUCCCCGGAGAGCAGCCCCUCCCAUCCCCAGGCUGAGGAGCCCCACCAGCCACCACUGGAGCCCCCAACCCAUUCACAGGGGACCCUGGAUCCCACCCCGCAGCCUCGGCCAAGGCGGAGAUGCACUGGCCCUCAGGCUUCCUCUGUUCCAGACACACGGGAACAAAUUGAUGCCCGUGUCAUCGAGUUCCUGGCCAAGAGGAGGAGUGAGGGCCCGGAAGAAGCCGUGGUGAGGGGGCUGGGUCCGCUGCUCAGGGGCGUCCCUGCCCACCGUUUUUGCUCGUGUGUGUCGGGCAUAGCAAUGCUCAUUGAGCUAUUCUCCUCCCCCUACGAGGAAGAUAUCCUGGGAGAACUAUGCCAUGUGAGACGGCGCAUACUCGCUUCUCGUGCGCAAAAUGUGGCUGGGCCGAGUCAAGCACAACCCCAUGGCCCCCUGUACCUGGCCCCUCUUACCAGGUGGCCCCGGAAGCCAGCCGGCCAUCGUCACAAUUUUACUCACAGGCUGCCCCCUAUGCCACUGCCCCAGCAACAGCAGAGGCCUGGCAGUUCUUACCAGCCUGGUCCCUUCACCAGGGAUUUGUUUGAGCUUUAAUUUUGUUAUUUACUGUGUUUACCUUGUAUUUGUGUUUUUUAUUUAUGGGCCAAUUUGUGCCCACAUACCUUGGUUUCAAAAAUUGUGGAGACCUUAGGUUUUCCGUCUUUAAAAAA